CAAAAAAAGAGCUCUAUCCACUCCUGCAGUAGAGAGGAGACCAGCGUCCUCUGAGCCCUCUAGCUCGUCCAAGAAGAAGAAGAGCAAACCAGACAAAGAGACAUCAUCAUCCUCCAAAAACAGCACAGACCACCACAAAUGGUGGCAGCGAUGGGAUUCGGCCAGUAAAGGACAGUGUUGAGUAGUGACAAUAUGGCUCCAAAGAGAUUGGCGCAGUUUAAACAACGAGAUGAAGAAGUUUCGGUGGAGGAGUUGGAGGAUGAGCCAGCGGCAGUUGGAGGAGUUCCUCAGAUGGCUGAUGAGCCUGGACAACCAACUCUGCAGGACCUGGUGGAGAUGUUUCGUAAAAAUUUGGAGGUUCAGCAACGACAAGAGGACCGAAUGGAGUGGGAGGCAGCUCGGCAGGAGCAACGCUGGAAAACAAUGCAGCAUCAAUUUAACCCUCUUCGGGAGGAAGUGGAUAUUUGUACCACCCCUGAUCCUGGAGGUUUGUUAGGACCUGAUUUUCCCUCUGAGAUGCCGGAAAAUGUGUCCAAUGUCUCGGUGCCCCUUUCCUCAGAUCUUGCUUGAGAUAUGAUUGAGCCCAAGUUGCAGAAAUUGCAAGACUCAGAUGACAUUGAACAUUUUCUCACCUCUUUUGAAAGAAUUGCUCUGGCCUGUAAGUGGGGUAAAAGUGAGUGGGCCCUUAGGUUAGUUCCCCUAUUGACUGGUAAGGCCAGGAGUGCCUAUGUGCAUAUGGACAUUGAGGAGACCUUAGAGUAUGAAAAAGUAAAAUCUGCUAUUUUAAGUACGCAAUUAAUCCUGAAACUUACCAUCAAAGGUUCCGCUCAUUAGAGAUUGAGCCUGAUGAGACUCCAAAGGAACUUUAUGUACGACUUCGAGAACUUUAUGGAAAAUGGGUGCAAUCCAAGGGAAAGACUGUAGAGGCUGUGGGGGAAGUGAUUAUUUUAGAGCAGUAUUUGAGAAUGCUUUCACCAUAAUUACAAGUAUGGGUAAGAGAAAAUAACCCUAGUACAGCUUUUCAGGCUGCUUCCCUGGCUGAUGUUUUUGAAGCUGCUCAUUCUUGUUCCCAAGCUUGGGGUGCUGCUCAAAGGGGGAAUAGGGAAAAUAGGAGUUCGUCAACAUUUGGUCGAGGUGAUUGUAAAUCUAAUUCCUCUAGUAAGUAGCCUAAAAUUAGAGAAAAUCAGUUCUCUAGGCCUCUACCUCCAUCUAGUCAGGUGCCCGUUUGUUAUUAUUGUGGACAGGAAGGGCAUAAGAAGCCAAUGUGUCCUAAGUUAUCUGCUAAGGCUUCCCAGAUAUGUUCUGUGCCUAAAUCAGGGGUAGAUAAGUUGUUGACUCAGUCUCUAAGCCUGACAGUUCCUGUAGAAGUGAAUUGGAAAAAUGUGAAUGCAUUAAUAGACACUUGUAGUAUGCUGACGCUAGUUGAAAGCCAGUUGGUUCCAGAGCAUUCAGAAAAGAAUGAAGGUAAUGUUGUCAUUAGAUGCGUUCAUGGUGAGGAGCAGAUUUACCUUAUAGUUGAAGUGUAGGUAUUGGUACAAGAGCAACCCUAUUUGUUGAAAGUAGGAGUAGUAGAAAAAUUGCCAUAUCCUGUGAUUUUAGGUCAAGAUUUUCCUUUACUAUUGAAUCUGUUGCCUUCUAACUCUGCUUAUAGUAUGGUGAUGACCCAAGCUCAGGUUAAGCAGUCUGCAGAUGAGUUUGAUACAGUUAAGAGUCUUCCAUUCUUUGAUGCUGAGCUGGAGGCUGGACCAACUAAAGUGAGGAAAUCUAGAAGGCAGAGAAGGCAAGAGAAGUAUAGCUAUGUGGAAGCUGCUGGUCAGGAACAGGGAGGUAAGCUGGAUGAAUUGAUUGAGUUUAAGAUUCCCAGUAAUACAGAGUUGCAACAAACUGAUCCGGUUUUGUCUUCUUUGUAUCAACAAGUUAUUUUGACAAGACAGGGAGAAGGUGAGAAAUCUGUAGAAGGUAGAGUAGGUGAGAGGUUUGUCCUUCAAGAGGAGGUGUUGUAUCGACAACAGGGAGAUAGUUUGCAGAUGUUGGCACCUAAGGCAGUUCAAGAUAUAGUCCUGUCUUUGGGUCACUCCAUUCCCUGGGCAGGUCACCUGGGUAGACAGAAAACAUUGGCCCGGAUUAGGAGACACUUUUAUUGGCCUGGCCUUAGAGCAGAUGUAGUAAAAUUCUGUAAAACUUGUUCAGAGUGUCAGUUGACCUCUAAUAGACUCCCCUCUAAAGCUCCCCUUCAUCCUCUUCCAGUUAUUGGAGUUCCAUUUGAACGACUUGCUAUGGACAUUGUUGGUCCUGUUGAGAAAAGUAGAGCAGGGCAUAGGUUUAUGUUAGUGGUGAGUGAUUAUGCUACCAAGUAUCCAGAGGUGUUUCCUUUGAGGACCAUUGGAGCUAAGCAGGUAGUUUCUUGUCUGACUCAAUUGUUCUCUCGGGUAGGAUUUCCGAGAGAGGUAUUGACUGAUUGUGGGACCAAUUUCACCUCAAAGCUCUUAAAGCAAGUUUGAGUUAUUGAGCAUAAAGGGCUUGAAGUCUACGCCGUUCCAUCCUCAAACAGAUGGAUUAGUAGAGAGGUUUAAUCAAACCCUCAAACAUAUGCUCCGUAAAUUCAUUAAUAAGACCGGUUCAGAUUGGAAUCAAUGGUUGCCCUAUUUGCUCUUUGCAUAUCGUGAAGUAGCCCAGGCCUCAACAGGUUUUUCCCCUUUUGAAUUGUUAUAUGGCCAUGAUGUGAGAGCACCGUUGUCACUGUUAAAAGAGACAUGGGCCAAUAAGAGGGGAGAGGGGGAAGGAAUGGAUGUUGCAUCCUUUGUAGUGGCAAUGCAUGAGAAAUUGCAAAGAAUGACAAAUUUGGCUCAAGAGCAUAUGGCAGAGGCUCAGCAGAAACAAAAAUCUUGGUAUGAUAAAUCUGCAAGAACUCGUUCAUUGGUACCAGGUCAGCAAGUGCUUGUAAUGUUGCCCACAGUGUCCAGUAAGCUUUUAGCCAAGUGGCAAGGGCCGUUUAAAGUACUUAAAAAAGUAGGACUUACAAUGUUGAGAUCUCAACCCCAGGACAAGCACGUUCAAAGAGAAUUCUGCAUGUAAACCUUUUGAAGGAGUGGUCCCCUCAGAAGGAAUGUCUGCUGAUUCGGUCUGUGAAAGAUGAGGAAGAGGUGGAAGAGCAGUAUUUUCCUGUUCAGAAUUCUGCAGUGCUCAAUCUAGAUCAUCUCUCUGAGUCUCAGCAACAGCAACUUCAAUCGCUGUGUCAUCCUGAAUUGUUCCAAGAAAGGCCUGGUCGAACAAUGCUAGCAGAGCAUGACAUCGUCUUGAAAGAGGAUGCAGUUCCAAAGAGACUGAGUUAUCGAGUACCUGAAAGACUACUUCCAGCUCUUAAAAAGGAACUGGACCUGAUGACAUCUUUGGGGGUGAUUGAACCUUCUAAAAGUGAAUGGUGCAGUCCCGUGGUCUUGGUACCUAAAAAGGAUGGAUCUAUAAGAUUUUGCAUUGACUUUCGGUAUUUGAAUUCAGUUUCAAAAUUUGACUCGUACCCAAUGCCGCAUAUUGAGGAGCUGAUUGAACGUCUGGGUAAUGCAAAAUAUCUUAGCACUGUUGAUCUCUGUAAAGGUUACUGGCAAGUGCCUUUGAGUUCUAGUUCUAAAGAACUGACUGCUUUUCGGACUCCUUGGGGCCUACAUCAUUUUAAGACUAUGCCUUUUGGCCUGCAUGGGGCUCCGCCUACUUUCCAAAGACUGAUGGAUCAGGUAUUGCAUGGUUUGUCUCAUUUUACCUCAGCAUACCUUGAUGACAUUGUGAUUUUUAGUGAAACUUGGGAAGAGCAUCUGAAGCAUUUGCAGGUGGUUUUAAGCCGUAUUCAAGAAGCGGGACUGACAAUCAAUCCUGGUAAAUGUGCCCUGGCGAAGAAAGAGACUGAAUACCUUGGCUAUGUCCUGGGAGAUGGGGUCAUUCGGCCACAAGUAGGGAAGGUGCAAGCUAUUGAGUCCUGUGCCCUACCUAAGACCAAGAAACAGUUCUCCACCGGCCAGGAAGAGAGAAACUUACUGCUGAUUUUCUUUCCCGCCAUGUGGGCGAGGAGCUGGAGGUGGGGGAGAGUGUGACGGGUGCGUAGCCCACCUCACAUAUUUGGCCUCUACCGUGAUUUAUAUUGGUUAUUUUGAAGUUUAAUUUAAUAUGGUUUGUUACUUUAUUUAAAUUCCCUUAUUUAAGGAAAGAAAAUACAGGACAAGGUAACAAGUUAACAGUUUAUUAAAAUCUUCAAUGUACAGGAGGGUGCACACUUCUUAUAUUCCUCUUUGCUGUUUAACUCUACCUGAGUCCUAGAUUCCUCUGGUCCAUGGAGUGAACGGCCGCAUUCCAUGUGUCAGCAAACAAAGGGAGAGGCGGUGCUUCAGUCUCCAAACUUGUGCUGUUCCAGAGGAAAAUGAACUGUACCAUCAUGAUCUGAUUCAGAGGGGGAUUUUUUUAAAAUUUAAUUUCAUUCAGUUCAUUUUUGUUUUGUUUGUUUGGAGUAGUCUUAUGUUGUGCUUUAAGUAGUUCAUUGUAUUAUGUUAGUUAUGAUAAAGUGUAUAUUUGGUUGUAAAUAUUGUUGUUUAGGGUUUAUUUGGGAACAUAUUAUUUUAUAUUUAACUCUCUUUUUGUUUGUUAGAGGCUAAAUGAGUAUAUGUAGCAGUGAGGAAAGUAUGAGAGUUAGUCAGUGCUGAUCAGCCAUUAUAUAUCAUGACCUGCUGACCUUAGUGAUUUUUGUUUUGUCUGUUUUUGUUGUUACUUUGUUAACAGGGGAGAUUUAUUUCUUAGGCUUGUUUAAUUUUUGUUUCAGUUAAAUGCCAUCUUAAGUCUUUGAUUUUUGUAUGGACUUUAUUUGGAAACAACUUUCGUCAUAUCUGCCCCUGUAUAUUAUUAUUUUUUUUUGGAAGGAAUAAACUUUUUUUCUUUUUUUUUUCUGUUCACUACCUGUCCUGCCUGUUCUUGGCCACGACCACCACAUUGUGCUUGUAUGAUUUUUAUUAGAUAAUUUAAAUAAAAUUUUUUUAAGGCAUUUGCAAUGAUGUAGUAAUUGGCCUUUAAUGUGCUGAUUAUUUAUAUAUAUAUAUAUAUUUUACACCGAUCAGCCACAACAUUAAAACCACCUAAUAUUGUGUAGGUCCUCCUCGUGCCGCCAAAAGACCGCAUCUUCUGAGAUGCUAUUCUUCUCACCACAAUUGUACAGAGCAGUUAUCUUGUUACCGUAGACUUUAUCAGUUCAAACCAGUCUGGCCAUUCUCUGUUGACCUCUCUCAUCAACAAGGCAUUUCCAUCCACAGAACUGCUGCUCACUGGAUGUUUUCAUUUUUUUGGCACCAUUUGGAGUAAAUUCUAGAGACUGUUGUGCGUGAAAAUCCCAGGAGAUCAGCAGUUACAGAAAUACUCAAACCAGCUCAUCUGGCACCAACAAUCAUGCCACGGUCCAUAUAUACACACACACACACACACACACACACGCACACAUCCACAUCAAUGAUUCCCAUAUCAACCCCCACCUAAAAGUCAAUGUAAACAUACACAUACAAACAUUCCCUAUACUUAAACCAUAUUGUGUGAGUGUGUGUUGUAAGGAGAAUCGUAUGUAGCUUAUGAAUUCCACAAUACUGACUUGUAAACUAUAGGUAAUCCCACACAAAGGGGAGGUUUCAUGUAAACACAUCUUUAAAAUUCAGCAUCACAUAAUAGUACUGGAAUACUGAACGCAAAAUAUAUGCAGAAGAGACAAUGACGUGCACACACUCAAGUAAGAUUUUCCUCUCUUUCUGGUGGAGAUAUCGAUUAUUUAAAGACAUCAAGACACCUGUUCUGUGUAUUGCUGUUAGAGCUAGUGGGAGUAGAGUGUUUCUCAGUACAUGUGUGGUGUGUUUUUAAGGGACUCCAAUCCGUCCAAAUGUGCAACUGUUUCCAACGCUCUCUUGCUGUAUUUCCUAUGAUAACAGUGUCUGCUGUCACCAUAGUUACAG